UUUGUUGAACGAGUAAAGCUGAAAGAUGAGCGGAAGAGGCAAAGGAGGAAAGGGACUCGGUAAAGGAGGCGCUAAGCGUCACCGUAAAGUGCUCCGUGAUAACAUCCAGGGAAUCACCAAACCCGCCAUCCGCCGUCUGGCUCGCCGCGGCGGAGUGAAGCGGAUCUCCGGUCUGAUCUACGAGGAGACCCGCGGGGUGCUCAAGGUCUUCCUGGAGAACGUCAUCCGCGACGCCGUCACCUACACCGAGCACGCCAAGAGGAAGACCGUCACCGCCAUGGACGUGGUGUACGCUCUGAAGAGGCAGGGCCGCACCCUGUACGGCUUCGGAGGCUAGACCCGGUCCAGACCCGCUGAAACACAAAGGCCCUUUUAAGGGCCACACA